CUUUAAUUCUAUAGAGCUUAUGAACAGCCAUCCACCAUGUCUUGGCUCGUGGAUCUUGCUGGAAAGGCAGAGGAUCUCCUCAACAGAGUCGAUCAAGGAGCUGCGUCAGCCCUGAACAAAAAAGACACAUCAAGCACUGCAGUGUAUGAUAAUAAGAACACAGACUCUGCCAGUGAAUACUCUGAGUUGCACAAGCAUGCUGGAGAAAUGAAAUACCAGUCUUCAUCCAAAGCAGCCUACAUCUCCUCAGCGGCUGACAAUAUUAAACAUCAAAAAGCUACAAUCCUAGCAGGAACCGCAAAUGUUAAACCAGCACGCAGGACAUCUUUGGAGGCUGCUUCUGCAGUUGAAGGUGUUUCCACACCCAGACCUUCCUCACAGUUUGUGAGAAGAAAAAAGUCUGAACCUGAUGAUGAGUUGCUGUUUGAUUUUCUCAACAGCUCUGAAAAAGAGCCUGGUGGAAAGAUAGACUCUAAGAAAGAGAAGAGCAAAGCAGCUGUUCUUCAAAAUCACUCUCGGACUUCAAGUAUUAGUUCGGUGUCUGCUAGUACACAGAGUGCAAAAGCUACUGAAGAUAAUUCCAUCAGGAGUCAAGACAAUGAAACGCCAGACAGUUCGGAUUCUGGAUUGGGAGUGCAAGUGGUGGAUGGUGUGAAAGACUCAUCACCAAGUGCAGUAACUAAUCCUAGCCAUUCAGCCAAUGAUGGUGUCAGAUCUCAUGAGCUCUCCAAUCUUCGACUGGAGAAUCAACUGCUGCGGAAUGAAGUUCAAUCUUUAAAUCAAGAAAUGGCUUCCUUAAUUCAGAGAUCCAAAGAAACACAAGAAGAAUUAAACAAAUCCCGGGAGAGAGUUGAGAAGUGGAGUGUUGACCAUUCAAAGAGUGAUAGGAUGGUGAGAGAACUUCAGGCUCGAGUUGAUGAUCUCACGGAAGCUGUUGGUGCCAAGGAUUCCCAGCUCGCUGUGCUGAAAGUGCGCUUGCAAGAAGCUGAUCAACUUUUAAGUACUCGGACAGAAGCUUUGGAAGCAUUACAGAGUGAAAAAUCACGGAUAAUACAAGACCACAGUGAAGGGAGCAGUUUGCAAAAUCAAGCCCUUCAAACUCUUCAAGAGAGGCUGCGUGAUGCAGACUCCGCACUGAAGCGAGAGCAAGAGAGUUACAAACAGAUGCAGAAUGAGUUUGCAGCCCGUCUAAGCAAAAUGGAAGCUGAACGCCAGAAUUUGGCAGAGGGGAUUACUGUGGCAGAAAGAAAAUACUUAGAAGAAAAGAGGCGAGCUGAUGAACUUCAACAGCAAGUCAAAAUAACUAAAACCCAGCUAGAAUCUGCAAAGCAAGAACUGACAGACUAUAAACAGAAAGCUACUCGCAUACUCCAAUCUAAAGAAAAGCUUAUCAACAGCCUGAAAGAAGGAUCGGGAAUUGAAGGUCUGGAUAACCAUACCGCAAGCACAGUGGAAAUAGAAGAACUGAAACAUGAGCGAGAUACUCAGAAAGAAGAAAUACAAAAGUUAAUGGGACAAAUACAGCAGCUCAGAACAGAGUUGCAGGAUAUGGAGACUCAGCAGGUAAGUGAGGCUGAGUCAGCAAGAGAACAACUUCAAGAUCUGCAGGAGCAAAUAGCAGCACAUAAAAUGGCCAAGCAGGAGGCAGAGGCUGAACUAGAACGGCAAAAACAAGAACUCCAUUAUACCGAGGAAGAAUUGUAUCGAACAAAAAGUACUUUGCAAAGCAGAAUAAAAGACAGAGAGGAAGAAAUUCAGAAGCUCAGGAAUCAGCUCACAAACAAAGCUCUGAGUAGUAGCAGUCAGACAGAAUUAGAGAAUCGGCUUCAUCAGCUGACAGAAACACUUAUUCAGAAGCAGACCAUGUUAGAGAGCCUGAGCACGGAGAAAAACUCUCUUGUUUAUCAGCUGGAACGACUUGAACAACAGCUUAAGGCAAUCCAGGGCACGAGUACCAAUGGACCUUCUAUUAAUAUGGCAGGAGUUGAUGGUUCUGAAGGCGCUCGUAUGCGAAAUGUUCCUGUCCUUUUUAAUGACAUGGAUAAUAUAGCAGAAUUGUAGGGAAGAUUUCGCAAAGCUGCCAGUAGUAUAGAUCAGUUUAGCAUUCGUCUGGGAAUCUUCCUAAGGCGGUAUCCCAUAGCAAGAGUCUUUGUAAUCAUUUAUAUGGCAUUGCUUCAUCUCUGGGUCAUGAUUGUUCUACUUACCUACUCGCCAGAAAUGCAUCAUGAUGGUCCCACUGGCAGAUAGGCUAAGACAGGACCAUAUGCUGUGCUAAGGAAAGUACCUUGGCUAGCAGAGUACUUAAAAUGGUCAGUCCUGAAAUAUCAGCAAACAUUUCCUUGCCUUGUUUAGGAGGAAUGAAAACCAUCAUCUGACUUAGCACUACUUUUUAAUACAAAUAUAAUACUAUGUAGCUAUUUCGAUUUACCUAAAACUGUAUGACUCUU